AUGGGCUGCACACCUAAUGCUUCACAUUCUCCAGUCUUCUUGCUCCUUGGGUUCUCAAAAGCUAGAGUCUCCCCAGGUCUCCUUUUCUUCCUGUUCCUGGCUAUUUACCUGGUCACCAUAAUAGGGAACAUGACUCUAAUGCUGCUUAUCUCCAGGGACUCCAGGCUCCACUCACCUAUGUAUUAUCUGCUCCGUGGUCUCUCCAUGAUAGACAUGGGGCUGUCCACAGUCACCCUGCCCCAGUUGUUGGCCCAUCUGGUCUCUAAUUACCCAGCCAUUUCUGCUGCCCGCUGCUUGGCCCAGUUCUUUUUCUUCUAUGCAUUUGGAGUUACGGAUACACUUGUUAUUUCUGUCAUGGCUCUAGAUCGUUACGUGGCCAUCUGUAAUCCCCUACACUACCAUUCAGUGAUGAAUCGCCAACUCUGUGCCUUCUUACUGGCCUUGAGCUGGGUGGUGUCUAUAGUGCACACCAUGCUGCAUGUGGGACUUCUCUUGCCUCUUUACUGGGCUGGGGAUGCUGAGGGCAAUGUUAAACUUCGCCAUUUCUUUUGUGACCACCGACCACUUCUGCGAGCCUCUUGCUCUGACAUACGUUCCAAUGAGCUGGCCAUAUUCUUGGAGGGUGGCUUCCUCAUGCUAGGUCCCUGUGCCCUCAUUGUACUCUCCUAUGCUCGCAUUGGGGCCACCAUCCUACGUUUGCCUUCAGCUGCUGGUCGCCACCGUGCAGUCUCCACCUGUGGAUCCCACCUCACCAUGGUUGGCUUCCUCUAUGGCACCAUCAUUUGGGUCUACUUCCAGCCUCCUUCCCAGAACUCUCAGGAAAAGGACAUGGUGGCUGCUGUGACGUACACUGCCAUUACCCCUUUGGCCAACCCUUUUGUGUACAGCCUCCGCAACAAGGAUGUCAAGAGUGCACUUCACAGGCUGCUUGGACGGGGGAGGGCGGACUCCUGA